CGUUCGCAUCUCGACGAAUGAACAUAGAUGUUAUUUGUGCAAUGUGAAAUUGAAAGGAAAUGCGACUUGUUCUGUUUUUGACAUUUCUUGAGUGUUUUUGUGCAAUUUUGUGCUACGACAUGAUUGUAGGUGACACUGUGCAUAAGAAAAUGGUGUUCCAUCAGAGGAUAAAAGAUUUUGCGAUACCUUUCAAGAAAAGAAUCAAAAGUUUGACUUAUAAUGACCCGGAGAAAAGAACUAUAAAGGGUAUAGCAACCAUAGACAAUGAUUUCUCUCAUGCGAGUGCCAACAUCACUGAUGGAGGAGUAGGCUUCUCAUACGUCACAGUUCGAAUGAAGAGCCAGAGACACCAUCCCCUCAACUUUGAAGUAGAAAUAUACGUAUAGCAUCAAAUUUCUAUCUAAUAUACAAAAAUACUAAAAUAAAAUUAAAAUAAUUUUUACUAUUUAGUUUUCACUGAAGUUUAUAUUAAAUCUACAUUAAUUUU